AAGCGUUAAGAAACAAUAAGCAGUGGUGAUUUAUCCUUUCGUUUAGUACAAAAAGUAUUAUCGAGUUCCUGAUUAAUUGAGUAGACAGUCGUGCUAUUUGGUAAUUAAUUUGUGUUGUGUGUAAUUACCAUCAAAACACCCCACCACUUAACUAUUUCACAUCUUUCACUCACAAGUUAGGCCAUCACAAACUUUUAAGAUGCAUAUUUACACCGGUCUACAUUAUAAAUACUAACUUUUCUCUUGUCAGUACCACCAUCCAGUUACUUCCAGUCACCCUUUCACCUGACUCAAACACAGCCACACUGCAGUUUGUCACCCACACAUCACCACACUCCAGACACCAUUCGCACCACCACACAGACACCCACACAUCACCACACUCCAGACACCAUCACUCGCACCACCACACUCUAGACACCCACACAUCACCAUCACUCGCACCACCACACUCUAGACACCCACACAUCACCAUCACUCGCACCACCACACUCAAGUCACCAUGCUUCCAGACAACACCACUCACAUACUCACCACUCACAGUAUAAGACAAGAGUGGCCGAGAGGUGGCAACACAGGAAUAAUGAGAGGUCAAUAAUGAGAGGCCUCGAGGUCUAGCCAGCAGGAUUUUUUGUGUGAAGUCUUCCAGCCCAGAGGAGGUGGAGGAGGAGGUGGAGGUGGAGGUGGUGGUGGUGGUGGUGGUGGUGGUGGUGGUGGUGGUAUUGAAGAAACUAACAUAAGACAAAGUGAUGGAAGAACUGGAGGAGGAGGAGGAGGCAGAGAAGGAAGAGGCAGAGGAGGAGGAGGAGAAGAAACAAGAAGUGGAGGGAGAACCCACAACCCUCCACCACCACCACCACCACCUCACCACCACCACCACCACCACCACCUCCCACAAAACAUCUCAGCCAAUAGCAUGCAACCUAACCAAGACAGCAGCCAAUCAGAGAGCAGCACAGAGGUCAUACCAGAUGAAGAUGCAUUUGAUGACCUCUUCUGUGACCUCGAUGAUCCAGAUGACCUUGACACACCCCCUGAUACUGAGAUAAUGAAAAAGAAGGAAAAUAUUGAUAGAUUAGAUGAUUUUCGAAGUAGAAUUUUGAAUGUUAUUAGCGGUGGUGGUGGUGGUGGUGGUGGUGGUGGUGGUGGUGAAGGAAGAAAGGAAGAAGAGAGGAUGAAGGAAAUGAAGGAAUUGGAUUCUUUAUCUGUUCACUCAUUAAAUUCUUCAACAGUAGGUGUGUUCAGACCCAGCAUUGCCCCCCAGAAGAGGAAGACAAACAGCCUCGUUAAGCCAGUCGUUAAGAGAAAAUUUCCAGGCCCUGCUGGUCUUCUUCCUGAGAUGAACCAGACAAGGAGUGAGGGAUCCUUCAGGGAGGCAGAGGACACACACACAGAAAAGCCAGUAGUGGUCAGCUCACAAACAUGUGAUGAUGUGACCUCAGAACCUUGGCAGCAGAUGGUAGAUGACCUCAGCCUUGACCCAGAUGAUCCAGCAGGACCUUUAGGGGUGUUCACUGUACGCUGGGCGGUGCGACGGGCCAGCCUGAGAGGGGGUGCAGGGGUCAGGCGUGUUCCCUUCCUGGCAGUGAAGGUCAAAAGUGUGGAUGUGACCCAGUCGUGUCCUACCGUGACAUUGCGUGACCUGACAGGAGAGAUCCGUGCCACCAUCACACCCUCUGUGCUGCAAGAGCUGGGGCACACACUCACCCCAGGGGCUGUUCUGGUGUUACGCGGUGUCACAGUCCUCUCCCCAGGCCUCACCAGGGACCGGGGUGUGUCACGGGGCCAGCGUCACUACCUCAACAUCACGCCAGCCACCAUCAUUGCCAUCUACACACCUGACGACACUGGGAAAGUGACCAAAACAAACCUUCAGGCGUUCAAUUGUUCUGAGGUACUGGUAGACUUGGUUGGGUCAGCAGAUGUGUGUGGCCCCUGUGCUGUCAUAGAGGAGGUGGAGGACAGUGCUGCUGCAGUGCCAGGGGUUGAUGCCGGCCCCCUGUUCUCUCACACAGGGGGGAAUGUUGCUAGUUCAUCAUGUGUGUCUGUUUCAAAGGGGUACUGUGUGUCUGGGAGCACUGGUAGGGUGUCUGGUGGAGUGCCACAGGGGAGAGGGGUGCCUGGUAGGGGUGUAGGAGUGUCACAAGGGAGAGGAAUGCCAUCAGGGGUACAGCAGGGGAGAGGGGUGCCUUUGGGAGUGCCACAGGGUAGAGGGAUGUCACAGGGAAGAGGCAUGUCUGGUGGAGUGCCACAGGGAAGGGGAGUACCUGGCAAUAGUGUAGGGGUGCCACAGAGAGGAGCAUUGUCUGGAGGGGUGCCAACAGGAGUGCCACAGGGGAGAGGAGUGGCUGCAGGGUUGCUGCAGGGUAGAGUGCCUAUGGGGGUGCCAACAGGGAUGCCACAGGGGAGGGGAGUGCCUAGCAAUAGUGUAGGAGUGCCACAGAGAGGAGCAUUGUCUGGAGGGGUGCCAACAGGAGUGCCACAGGGGAGAGGAGUGGCUGCAGGGGUGCUGCAGGGUAGAGUGCCUAUGGGGGUGCCUGGGAAGGGUGUGGGAGUGCCAGGGGUGCCAACAGUAUCUACACAGAGCCAAUAUAACCCUAACAAAGCAGUUUCUAGGCUAAAUAACCCAAACACACAAACAUGUAGGCCUACACAGAACCCAAGGUCACUAAAUCACCCACCACACUCCAACUGGCCUACACAAACAUACAAUAGGCCUAUAGAUCUCAGCAAUAGGCCUUUCCCUGUCCACCACACGCCCUCUCAACCCCCGACACGCCCACCAGAGGUUAAAAAUGGGGCCUUAAAUUCAAGCAUGUUUUGGAGCCAGGCAGAGGAGGAGGAGGUGAAGGAAAUGCUGGAAGGUUUAGAUGAAGAGUCCCUGUUUGGGGAUUUCUAGGAAUAUUUUGUCAUUUUUGGAUCUUUUUUGGGGGUUGUAUUGAAUUUUUUGGAUUGUGAAGGCUAGUGGUGUUUUUUUUGUCAUUAUUAUUAUUAUUAUUAUUAUUAUUAUUAUUAUUAUUAUUAUUAUUAUUAUUAUUAUUGUUAUUAUUUUUAUUAUUUUUUUGUCAUUAUUAUUAUUUUUUUUCUUUUUUUUUAUUUUUUUUUUAGUGUUGGUUUCUCUAAUUUUAUGUAUCUCAUUUUUUGCAUGUGUAUUUUUUUACUUAUUUAUUUAUUUUUUAUUAUUAUUAUUUGUAUUUAUUUUAUUUAUUUGAUUGAUUUUUUGUUCCAUAAAUUUGUAUUUUUUGUAUGUCUUGUUAUUGUUGCCAUUUAUUUAUCUUCUUGUCUUUUCUUCUUUCUAAUGCUUGUAUAUAUUGUCUCAUUACUACAUAUUAUUAUUAUUAUUAUUACUAUUAUUAUUAUUAUUAUUAUUAUUAUUAUUAUUAUUAUUAUUAUUAUUAUUAUUAUUAUUAUUAUUAUUAUUUUCCUUCCAUACUUUUAUGUAUCUGUAUAUAUUUUGCUUUAUUUUUUAAUUUAUUUUUUUUUCUAUUCCUUGAUAAGUUUUGUCAUUUGUGUGUGUCAUUCAUCACCACAUUUCUCUUCAUUCCCACACACACCUGGCAGAUCACCACAUUUCUCUUCAGUCCCUGUGCACAUUCCCACACACACCUGGCAGAUCACCACAUUUCUCUCCAUUCCCUCUGCACAUUCCCACACACACCUGGGUGCUGUAUAAUUAACAUUUGUAUCUGAAAUAAGUAAUAUAAAAGAUGCAUUUCAAAAUAAAGUACUAAAAGCUGCAUUUAUUUUUUCACAUCACUAAAAAAAAAAAAAAAGAUAAAGUCAGAAUAUAUUUUCUUAAUAUCAAUAUAAAAGAUACAUCUCUAUGUACAGCAUGAAUACAAGGAAUACACAAACACACUUUUGUUUUCAUGUUACAUGAUCUAUAAAAUAUAUGACUUCA